AUCGCAACCUUUUCUUUCCAUUGUCUCCUCGAUAUAUAGAUCAUCAUUGAAUAUAUUCUUGAAGCAGUUGCCUAGUCAAGUAUAGCUGCGACGUUCUUUUUCCCUCGCCAACCUUGCGCCAACGAUUCUUGCCUCGAUCACACUUCCAGCAAUACAUACCAAGAACGAUAGUGCCGGUACUCGCUCGAAUAUCUCAUCUCUCCGGUCAGAUCAAUCCAUUGCGCCCGUCAAAAUGGACCUCUCUAACAUCUUCCGUCUUGUCAACAUCGCCGUUGGCGUGAUCAUGGUCUUGGGCGGUAUCAGUCAAUUCUUUCCCUUUGGAGUGGGCUCGUUAGUCGUCGGAAUCUAUGUCAUCAUCUUCGGUCUCAUUGUGGGUGGUCUCGAGUUCCUUCCUCAAAUUCCGGAUUAUGUUUACCGUUACGCUUCGUUUCUCUUCUCGUUCCUUGGUCGUGGUGGAUUCUACGUCUUCGUCGGAUCUAUCAUGUUGCACGACCAUGUCCUCCGUUAUAUUGCCGGUUCGAUCGUCGGCGUCAUCGGUCUAGGAUACAUCGCUCUGGAAUUCGUUCCCUCAAUCGAACCCCCAACAAACAUGCGGGAAGCUGACCCCAGCUGGGGUGCUGAACAGGUCUAGGGAAUGACUAGAGAAUGUGUCGAUAAGGGUACUCAUUCCCGGGUACGUUUCUCUUUCCUUGGGCGAUGAUUAACUUGGAGUGAGGCGGAGGGGGUUAUUUGACGAAUGACUAUGAUCAUUAUUAUCACAUAGAAAGUGUAUUGGAGUGUGUUGUAUAACAGCUCAUGUCUCGAUACGAAUGAUACCUGGUAUAUGUUUUCGUGAUGAAGCGGUUGAUAUUUUGUCACUGGUGGGUUUAUGGUUUUCUUCUUUUGCUUAAAUUCUUUUCCUUCCAUGACGCCUAGUUUGGAAUGCCAUAUUCUUUGUACUGUGCCAUAUUUUUUCCAUUGUUCGGUGAUCGAGAAAGAUCUAGAACUCAAGUUCGGAGGUUGCAGAUUAGCUGCAACACUUGUGGCACAUAUAGUGCUGGAAUCAUCCCUCAGUACUGGUACAAGCGUGCAUGAUGAAUUUCUACAAUGGAAGAUCACAGACUUCUCACAU